GCGACGACGACGACGACAUGAGCUGCUCAGGAUGAAGAAGACGCUGCUGCUGUGCUUCAUUCACGGCUUCAAGGGCAACGACGACACCUUUGGCAACUUCCCCCAGCACCUUCGCGCCGUCGUCAGCCAUGCGCUCCCUAAAGUCGCCGUGGCCGUCAUAGUGUACCCCCAGUAUGAGACAAAGGGCGACCUGCAUGAGUGUGUCGCCGGUUUUAAAGACUGGCUGCAGAACAAGGUCAUCGAUCUCGAAGUCGCAAACGGCACCCCGUCGCCUACGGUGGAUCCCUCUGUGCGGACCAUUCUCGUCGGCCACUCGAUGGGAGGUAUCGUCGCCGCCGAGACCGUCCUCGCAAUCUUGAAUGACCAGCCCGUGCAAAGCGGCGGCUCGGAGCCUGACGCUUCUCUGUCCAAGUCCGGUCUCAUGUUCCCAUACAUCCAAGGCAUCCUCGCGUUUGACACGCCGUAUCUGGGCAUUGCACCAGGUGUCGUUGCGCAUGGUGCCGAAGGUCAUUGGAAUACUGCCUCGGCUGCCUACUCUGCUUACACGAAUGUGUCAAACAUGUUUGGGUGGGGCAAAGCCAACAACUCCUCCGAGGGUGCUGUAGAAGCUAGUAAGGCGCUUGUCGCAAGCCAGCAAGCUGCCAAUACCAAUGCCAGUUCUGCGGCUGCACCGGCCUGGCAGCGCUUCGGCAAGUAUGCUGCGUAUGCGGGCGCUGCGGGUGCUGUUGCCUUAGCGGGUGCUGCCGCUUAUGGGCAGAGAGAGAAAUUGACUGAAGGUUGGAACUGGGUAGGCUCACAUCUUGAAUUUGUGGGCUGUCUGGCUCGCGGAGAAGAGCUGAAGAAGCGAGUGGCUUCUAUUGUUAAGCUCACAAAAGAUGAUCUCGGUUUUGCAGAUCUCUUCACGCAACUCGGUAAAGCUGCGCAGAACGAGGGCAAGGCCAGUACAAAAUGGAGCUCUGGUGUUUUGGGAGAACAGCGAACCUUCUGCACCAUUCCCCGAACUGACCCGGCCGUCAAGGAUUUUUUUGUGCCGGCUGUCAACGACAAAGCUCCAGAUGAGACCUGGGCGCACAUGAACAUGUUUGAGCCGAAGAACAACCCAGGCUACUACGCCAUGGGUGAGAAAGCCAAAGACUUCAUCGCGCAGUGGGCCACCAAUUCUUGGUACGAGGAAGCUACCGGAAACGAGAAAGCGAUCGAGUAUGAGAAAGCAGACCCUGACCAGCCGAAGCAUAUCAACUCUGACAAUAGCCGCAGGAGUUGAUGCGAUUACAAGGGCGUGCAUGACCUAAACCAGGACAACUGAGAAGGUCGAUGAGCUGCAGGAUAACAUUGCAUUUGUAAUUAAAGAAGCAGUAGGGAAUUGAAGGGAUAGGCAGGAUUUCCUCAGUAUGUCGUAGAUGCUGUUGAGUGCGGCGGGGCUCAAGACGUCAUAACAGCAGAGGGACGAUGCCCUUGCAGAAUCAGCUUUCAACCCACAGGUAAUGAUCUACUUUGCAGCGGAUAGUUCUAUCAAGCAACAAACAGCAAACAAAUACCCGGAC